CUCGCCAAAAGACAGCUUAUCUUUUAAGACACUGACCAUGUUUAUUUAUUGAGUGUUUUAACGGGAGAGUCAACCUAUGAGUAGUAGCAGUAAGAUAAGCUGUUUUUAAGAAAAUUAAAGCCUUCUUACGCAUUAAUUCACUGAAGUGAAUAGCAUGUAGGCACGUAAGUAUGACUAACAUUCAAAGCAGCAAAAAUCACCGGAAGCUUAAAUGACGUCACGAGCAGCAUUCGUGACGUCACGAUCGCUUCUCAUGGGACUGCAGAAUAGACAGGAGGUUGAAAGCUUUAAAAGGACCUGUCCACAAUGGCGCUUAUGCCUGUUCAGGAUCCACUCAAUUACUCGUGUGAUUGUAAAGAGAGAGACCCAUCCAAACUAAAACAUUACAUCGAUAGUAACAACAGACGCAUUGGCUGGUUUUGUACUAAAUGUGGAGUCGAAAGUUUGGUACAGGAAUACAUCACAGGCGUUAACUCGGAUCACCUGUCUCGCAGACAGCCUCGGGGCUUGGAACAAAAUGCUGUAUUCCAAGUACAGUGUCCCAAAACAGAAGUGGACCUGCGCCAUUAUGCUGAUAUUUUAAAACCCGGGGAUCAUGUUACUUGGCACCGACCUUAUAUAAUCUGGCAUCAUGCUAUCGUUUCAGAAAUCAAUGCAAGAAACAAUACUAUAGGGUUAAUACACUGGACGAAAACCGGAGACUGUAUCAGAAUAAUCAACGAGAUAAAAAAUGUUGGAGAAGGCCAAUUGUACCGUAUAGACUACUCUGAGGUCGUCAACAAGGAAAAUCCUUUCGAAUUAGUUCUGGCUAGAGCUCGUUCUAGGAUUAAUGACACAGGAUACGAGCUUUUCUCCGACAAUUGCGAAUCUUUUGCAACCUUCUGUAAGUGUGGUGUCGUGCAAUCCCACCAGCUUGCUUGGCUAAAAGGAAAAGUCACAGAGUUUCUUGGUCAUAACGUAGCUACUCAUACAAAGUCCAUUGUGAAGUCAGUCACAAAAUAUCUGGCUUCAGCAUCUAUAAAUCUAGCAGGAGAUGGGGCAAGUGCGAUUAAAAAAAUCGUUCCAGCAGAACUGGUCGAAAAAGCCGUAAAAGGAAGCAACUGGGUUGGCGCUGGAGUAGUGUUCGCCAUUGAAACUAUAUUUGUGACUUAUGACUUGGCCGAAAUAUAUCAAAAAAGAAAAAAAGGCAAAUUAACCAGACAUGAAUGCAUAGAGUACAUUGUACAACGUGUUACUGAGGGGUUUGUCAGCGCUGGUGUAGCAGUGGUAGGGAGUGUUGGUCUGGAAAUUCUUGGCUGUUGUAUUGGGGCGGCAUUUGGGCCAGUGGGAGUGUUGGUUGGAGGAUUCACAGGAGAAAUCUUGGGAGGAAUCUUAUUUUACGGUAUUGGGAAAGCUGUUGGAACAUCAGUAGGAAAAUUGGCUGGAAAAUCAUGUUCUAAGGUGUUUAAACAGAAUGACCGAGCAGUAGAUUUGAUAAAGUACCUGCAUCCAGGCGACCACAUCGUGACGUUUGAAUGGUUCCUCCAUCCACGAUGUCACGCCAUAGUGGUAGGACAUGAUGGCAAUAAGAUCCUUGUCAUACGCAACACCCACGAAAGGGGCGUGGUCAAGGACUGGAUGCCAUUCAGAAAACCACUGUAUAAAGUGCAGUACGGACAUGGCGAAUGUUAUGAACCUGACGUAGUACUUGCUAAUGCGCAGUCGCGGCUUGGGGAAGAAAAUUAUGAUCUGAUAACAUACAACUGCAAAACGUUUGCGAUGCAGUGCAAAUCGGAUUUUCCUUAAGGGGGUUGGAGCUAGUGAGGCUAAAAAAUUCCUGACAUUCAAUUUUUCUGAAAUUUUGGUUAUUUGCUCAGGAGAUAAUUAUGUAUCACUGCCUAAAUGAAGAAAAACUUUGUGUGGUUGAAAUUUUUUUUAGACCCCCCUUUAGACCCCCUAUAAUUAUACACCUCUGGUGCUCUUUGUGGACAAAACCCAAAUGCACCUAAUGCAUUUAAAAUGGCAAAAAGUUCAAUGUUUUUACUUUUGAAUAUAAAAUAAAUGCUUCUGUAGCUUGAUUAACCUCUAGUGAAUGUAUAUAUCACAUUUUAUUAUGUAUUGGAUGCUUAUUAUAAAAAUAAUAGCAUGUGAAGCCGCAGAUUUCGUUAUCAUGAUUCUAUUUUAUAUGGUCAUUUUUAUGUUUAUUUCUGAUUUCAAAAUUUUUUGUAAAAUAAUUGUGUCAUUUAAUUUUCUCAAAAAACUAACAGGAUAUGUCAACAAUAUUACUGCAUAGCAUGAUUUUUUACGGAAACUUUCUAUGGUCAGUUUUUGAAAUAUGUGACAUUUUCUUACCCCACCCCCCUAAAUACUUCACCCCAAUUUUGGUACAUCUCUCUAUUCUAUGACGUCAUUUACUGGAAACAUCAGUACACAGGGAUCAUUUCGGUUUAUCAAAUUGAUGGGCCAUUAAAUUUAGCUGAUUUUCAAGAAAACUAAUAUCAUGUGUGGGUCAUUACAUAAGAAAAUUUAAAGAUUUUUCCUAAUCAUGUGGGCCAUUCAGUAAAUUUGAUGGCCAAUGGCCCCAUAUGGCCCCCUCCAAAAUGAACCCCGAGUACCUAAUUUAAAUGUUUCAGUAUAUAUUACUAAAUGCACACAUUACCAAAAUAUAGGGUAUUGGGUGUUAUGAAAAAAGCCAACAACAUCAUUUAAAUAUAAUUCAGUUAUUUAAUGAAUAAACUUAAAAUAGCAUCAAUAAUUGAGAUUACUGGUUUAGAUCAUUCACAAAUGUAAGUUAUAUUGUCUUCACGAAAUUGCAAUUUUAUUGACAUGUACAUCAGCAUAUAAUUUCAUUCGAUAUGAAGCCAAAUUUUGUUUAGAAGCAACAGAAGUUGCAACAUCUCUAGUCACAUUCUACAAUUGUUAUUCUUUAUACAAUGAGAGUUCAAAGUCAAAUAAUAAAACCAAAUUAAAAAAAACUCCCUUCACCAUUUUUCUCCCAUUAUGAUUGAAAUACUUGUGUCAUUAUUAAUUAUUGUAUUGAUAAUGACAUUCGUAUUCUAAUCAGACUGAAAU